AUAACUUGAUGAACACGGAGAGAUAAUACAGGGAGAUACGCCCGUUCAUCAGUUGAGUCAGCAUAGGCUUCAGAGACAAAUCUGCCCGCAUCGUUCUACCGUUGAACCUUGCAAAACAGCGAUUGCCAGCAGAAUGAAAGUGUCAGUGGCUGAAGUUUUGUCUCUUUUGCUGAAAGUAAUCAUCUGCUACCUGGAUUCUCUGUAUCGCGUGGCUGUCCCGCAUCCCAGACAGGAUGUCCGCGGAAAGAAAGUUCUGAUCACCGGCGCAGGCCACGGAAUAGGCCGGGAACUGUCAUUGGAGUUUGCCCGGCUCGGAGCGUCGCUUAUACUCUGGGAUAUAAACAAGGAGAACAAUGAAGACACAGCAGAUGAAGUCCGUCGUGUUGGUGCCACAGUCUAUUCAUAUGUCUGUGAUGUCACCUCCACCGAUGACGUCCACGACACCGCCGACCGUGUGAGGAGAGAGGUGGGUAACGUGGACAUCUUAGUCAACAACGCCGGCAUCCUGUAUGGUGGGCCGGUACUUGAUAUGCAGGAGAAGCACAUCCGUCGCACGUUUGAAGUGAACACCUUGGCUCAUUUCUGGACAGUUCGCGAGUUCCUGCCCGCCAUGCUGGAGGCUGACAGCGGCAUCAUCGUCAACAUCUCGUCCGGCACCGCCAAGACGGGGACAGCCUUCCUCGUUGACUACAGCGCGUCCAAGUUUGCAGUGUUCGGCUUCACCGAGGCCCUGGGGGAGGAGAUUGACAGACUGGGGAAGCCGGGAGUACAAGCCACCGUGGUCUGUCCCGGCUUCGUGGACACAGGACUUUGUAAAUACCCAAAGGACAGGUUCAACCCUCUCCUGACCCCGAAGGAAACUGCCCUGGCGACUAUUGACGGGGCGCUUCGCGGGCAGAAAGUCGUGUACGUGCCCCGGAGAAUCGGAUUCCUGGUCAGACUGGGGGCGCUCAUGCCGGAGACGUUGAAGCCGCUGCUGAAGCAGUUCUGUCACAUCGGAAUUGAUCCCCAGUAUGACGUCAAACAAGACUGAAUACGCUGUAGGGCGGACCAGUGACCAGUGCUAGGCUGUAGCAUACAGAAGCCUUAUCAGUGAACUCACCUUCAAACUGAUUCACCCACAGGUCUACUGUGACUAGUGUUUCGAAUUAAGUAUUACUUAUUUUUAUUAUUUUGUUAAUGGAAAUUUUUUUUUUUAUCUUUGUGAAAAAAGCUUUCUUGUGAUGUCCACAAAGUCCGACUUCACCACCCACGUAGAUCUCCAGUAGGUCAGACAUGACAUAAAUGACGUCCAGUUGCUGUGAGGAGGGAGUAUUAUAGUAUCUAUAUAUAUAUAUCUAUAUAUUAUAUCUAUAUCAGGGCGGCCUGUACCACGUCAACUCUACCCCAAUAAACCGUUGUGGACCACAGGCAGGCUUGUGUCGUGCAUAGAAGAAGUCAAGAAGCAUGCCGUAGAAACAACACUCUACGCCGGAUACUAGUCUGUUCCAUAUACUCCUAACAGGAAGACAAUACUGGAGUACUGUGGAUCUUGUCUGUCCCAUAAUUCAGCUGGGUGAAUGCCAACCAGUUGACUUUGCAGGUCGUAAUAAAGGGAGAUAACUGGGUGUGACCUA